ACCGACAUCGGUCUCCGCAGGCGACAGCUCAGAGACACCGCCAGAGUGUAUCUGUGUCUGUGUCUGUGUCUGUCUGCAGUGUGCAGUGUGCAGUGUGCAGUGCAGACGGAUGUGGGAUCCGACAAGGGAAGGCAGGCAGCCAACGCGGUCACACAGCCGGGCAGUUGAGUUAACGCGACUGAGUGGUUACGAUUCGAUUACCGACGAUGGACGGCCUCCACAGCACGAAGGAUGGAAGGAUGGAGGAAAGCGGGUCUUGUCCGUCCCGUCACGGCGUCCACCCGGAGUCAUCCGUCCUCCGUCUUCUCUUUUAGCUGCUGCCCUCUCUGCCCUGCCCAGGGUCAUUUUCGUUUCUUUCAUCCGGUGCCCAGACCCGUCGGCUCGUUGCGCCGGAUGGGUGCUGCCUGGAUGGCACAACGUGGAGGGAGCGCAGGCAAAUCUCCGCGCCUGGAUGCGACGCAACACGCAAGUCCGCCUCAGGGUUGCAGCCAGUAACAAGCUCCCAGCCAGACCAGCUUCCAGCUCCCAGCUCCCAACAACCAGUGGCCAGAUGCGCUGGGAGCGAUUCCCGAUUCCCGAUUCCCUCCCCCUCGCCAUUGGGGCCAAAAAUGAGGAUGGCUCCCGGGUCCAUUGCAGCGGGUCCUCCGACUCGAUCGGUUCCCCUGCGCCACAGUCGCGGUGGUCUAUCUAUCUAUCUAUCAUCUAUUUAUCUAUCAAUCAGGUCGGGAUAGUUUACUAUCUACUACUAGACUAGAUGGAUAGAUAGUUCGAUGGCGAUCCGAAAUCCCGACGGCCGGUCCAAUGGCAGCGAGGGCCUAAGAAAUUAAACUGUUUCCUC